AACCCCACCCCUAGAUCCGCCCCUGUCAAAUGUAGACAUUUGUUGUAUUUAUUUGUACAAUCUGUCAAGACAGUGUCAUUAAUUAAUAUCAAGCUCUGGUCUGCUAUAUAGUUUCUUGGAGACUGGCCUCUUCAUUGGAGCUAUAAUAUUGACUAACUGGGUGGAGGUGCUAUAUUGACCGUGACUGGAGUGACUGAACUUGUAUCAGUUAUCAACCAAUUAAGGAUUAAAUGAUCAAUUAGAUCAUACUAUGGGUCAAACACAGUCUCUUCGUAACACUGGGUUUGUAACUAGUCUCAAAGAAAAGUACAUUCAGAGAGAGUUUGGAGAAGAUGAAGAAUGGCCACCAUCAGAUAGAAGAGACAAACAAAGAAGACUUAUCAAAUUGCAAUUAGUCGAGACUGAUCAGAUAGAGGGGUUUGGCCACAAGGGUCGUUCAAGUGGCAUCGAGACUGAUCAGAUAGAGGGGUUUGGCCACAAGGGUCGUUCGAGUGGCAAUGGCAAGCAACCUAAAGAUGACAAAGAAACACGCAAAUCAAUACUCCACACUGACCUGUUCAAGACUAGCAGUGACAACAAACCAGUCAGGAAGAUUGUUGUGAAAGGCAAUGCUGGGAUUGGUAAAACCACACUGUGUACCAUGCUGACUGAGGCGUGGGCAAAAGGUAAGAUCCUGAAACAAUUUGACUGUGUUCUGUUGCUACCACUGAGAAAUAGCAACGUGUCAUCGGCCACAAGCCUCCCUGAGCUGAUUAAACUUUUCCAUCUGAGUGAGAAGGUCCGCAAACCUCCAACAAAAAGGAUGGAGGAUAGAGAAGGAGAAGGCGUCCUCAUUAUAGCUGAUGGCUGGGACGAACUCAGUGAGGGUGCUCGAGCUAAGGACUCGUUUCUCUACAAACUUCUUCUUGGUUAUGGUUGUUCCAAAGCCUCUGUUCUCCUCACAUCCAGACAUUCUGCAGCAGCACCUUUUCACAAACUGUCUUCAGUGGACACUUUCAUCGAGGUGGUGGGUUUUGAUGAAGAAGAUAUCAAACAGUACAUAGUUGAGGAAUUCAAGCAAGAUCCAGAGAAAGCUUCUUCUCUUAUGGAGCAGCUUAAAAGCAAUCCACUCAUUCAGAGUUUGUGCUCUGUGCCACUUAAUUGUGCGAUUGUUUGUGACCUGUGGUACGAUUUACAGCAAACACUUCCAAGCACAAUCACGAAACUAUAUGCUAGGAUAACACUGUCUGUCGUGCUUCGUGACAUCAAGAAGAAAUGUCCACAACUCUGUGUAAACUCGCUUGACAAUUUCAAUUGUAUUCCCAAGGAACUUCAAAACGAUUUCUGGCUGGUUUGCAAAUUUGCUUUUGAAUUUUUGGCUAAAGAUCAAAUAGUCUUCUCAGACAGUGAAGUUUCAUCGUUUUCUCAAGAUGGGAACUUUAACAAGAAAGCAUUUUUCUUCGGUUUAUUGCAAUCAGCACAUUCACAUUUCCCUAGCCAACAAAACUCAUUGACAACAGGUUAUGGCUUGUCGUUUCACUUCGCUCAUUUGACCAUUCAGGAGUUUUUAGCUGCCCUUCAUAUCGUCACUUUAUCUCAGAAAGAGAAAACAAAGAUUUGCAACACUUAUGCUGGAAACGAUCGGUUUAAUAUGGUUUGGAGAUUUGUGUUCGGUCUUUAGUC